GCCAUGUAGACCAUCAUCGGGUCCACAGCGUGCCAUGUAGACCCCUAGAGAGCAAGCUUGUUUGACAAACCAGGGGACCUCUGUCUUUGCCUCUGCCUGAGCUGGGCGCUCGGCCUCAAAAAAGCUGUGGCCUCCGCCUGUAUCUGCCCUGACCCCAUCCUGGAUGUUUCUUUUCCAGCAGGCACUGCCCUCCCAAUUUUCCUACUUGGCUCGCCUACCUUCUUGAUAUUUACCAAAGCUCUCUCCGGCGGUCAUCAGUAAUACUCGUACUUACCAAUCCAAUCAUUCCAACUGCAUCAGAUCCACGUUCGUUAAUGCCCCAUGGUCUAUGGCCACAGUGCUGCGUACUUGCACCGGACAAACCCGACAAAAACGAUACACCUCACCAUCACCUCUACGUGCCCCGCAUUGACUUUGUCACCAACUUCCAACCCAACUCGCUUGCUGCGAAAAUAAUUAAUUCCUCCGUACCUUCACGACUCCUGCAAUCUCGUGAGAGUUUGCUAUUCCUACCUAUUCACGCCAAUUGUCAGCGGUGCCGAGAGUGAUUGGACAACACCCCCCGAUUCUGAUUCCUUUCCAGGCGGUCCUAUGCAAAGUCGACAUCUGCUGCGCGUCCUCCCGAGCUUACCCAGACUUCUACAACCGCAAUGCCCUCCACGGAGAAAUAUGGCCAGCCAAUACUGGCAAGGCGCAAUACCUUCCAGCGCAUGUUGGAUUUAGAGCGGAAACAAAAGGUAAGCAGGGCUACUUUACAUGGUGGUGCACCCCCAACUGGGAUGCGACUUGGUUGACAGUACUUCUAUAGGUGAAUCGCCUGCAAGCGCAACCACCACCUCUCCUGCCUCAACCUCGCACAAACACCAUGUCCAUGGACUUGUCGAUGGAGACAAAUCUCACUUCCUACCAGGCGAAUCACUCGAAACCUAUACCACAUCUAUCAAACCACAAUCGCACCAUGACAGCUCCAAACCUCUCGAUCGCGGUACCAUCUCCCGAGGUUUCCCCUGCGAUGGUGAAGGAGGGCAACGGCAUGAAGAAGUACGUGGUCAAGGCUGGCGGCGUGGUACCUCAGACAGAAGGAGAAAGCGGAGACGAAUCCGACCGAUCUUCAAUAUGCCAUUCCCCUGGUUGGGAUGAUAUUCUGGGGAACAAGAAGAAGAAGGAGAAGCUGGAAAAGCAAGCUGCAAAGGACGCCGCCAAGACAAAGAAGAAGGCCGAUAAGCAAAAGCUUGAGGCGGACAAGAAGACGGAAACCGAGCUUAAAUAUGCUCAAAAGAUGAAGAAUCGACUGAGCAAGGCACACAAGGCACCUCCUAGUCGGUACCACAACAUUCCAGCGAUGGAUCGAACAGCAUCAUUCCCCGCAGUCCAGUCAUCUAUGCCCGAUACAUCGACAAAAGAUGACGGUAGAAACAACGCGAACCGAUCGAGGAGGGGAAGCAUUGAUUUGAGUUUAAAGAAUUUUCUCCAUGGUGGGAAGAAAAGUAAUGAUAAUUCAGCAUCUCCCCAAACUACGCCAGCAAAGGAGGCUCCGCCAGGCCAUGUGAAAAAUGGGUUUAUUGGUGGUCUGAAGCUGAGGCUUUCAGAGGAAGCUUCGACUCGAGACAGAAUUCGGUUAUCUCUAGCCCACGAUCGUCCCCCAAAUGCUACUGUAGACAGUAGCUCUUCUACCCGUGACGUCUCCCCAAAUGCACCAUUGGUAAAUAGACAACGCCCAACAGCUACAUAUUCAAUGUAUGUGGAGCCUUCACGCACACCUGCUCAAUGGGAUGACGUGCGGGGCAAUGCUGGAAAGUUUACAGAAGUGAAUAUGAAUUCCUCGAAGCAAGAUGAAGGUUCAAUUAAUCAAAGAAAAAUUAAUACACGCAAAGCCCGAGCACCUGUGUUUGAACAGAUGCCAGCUGGUCAAAAUCGACCAUCCUCGAGGCACGAUGCAUCAAAUCCCAGCAAGAAUAGAUAUCCGCCUUCUAGCCGGUCGAGGACGAGUGGGGAGAUCAACAACUAUCCAAGGAGCUCCUCUCCCAACUCCAUGGAUAGAUCCUCUUUAAAGAGUAGAGAUCGGUCAUCUGAGCCAAGAGGCCGCGACGCCUCAAGCUAUGUUCAAAACCAACGUAGGCAAAGCAAGGAUCGAGCAAUGGCUACAAUCAAAGAUGAUCAUCGGUUCAAGAUUUCCACGGAAUCUGCCAGCCGAGACAGCUCACCAUCUUACCACUCCGUAAAGAGCCAGGUGAGCAAUGAAGCCACUGUUCAGCCAGCAACACAGCAUAUCGCUGUGCAAGCGAAAGUGAGCGAAAUUGAAAAUCCGUUUUCCUUUUUUAGUGACUAUACACCGCCGAAGCUGGAGUUGGAGGAUCAUUCUCCAUCUCGUUCUCCAGCACCAGAGAUGGUAAGCUCCCAGCAAGCCCAGAGAGCGUCUAAAGGUUUCAGAGGUUUUAAGUUCGCAGUUAACUCUGUCUUAUCAAAACAGAAACAUACGUCUAUGCCAUCUCCCUCCAGAAUGGCAUCUCCAAGCGCAAACAGUUUUGUUUCCAGUAUCUUUGAUACUGUGGAGAACCCCGCAUACGCGAAACGUAAACCACCAACUCCGGUGACCGACACCUUUGCCGGGCGGUCCAGUAAAGUUAACAAGUUUUUGGGAGAGGACUUUCCACCGGAGUUGGCCAAACGACCUGCAGCUCAUGCUUCCUCGAAUGCUACGGCGGAAAGUGACAGAUCCGGUUCCCAUGCUCGAACAGCCACUGAUUCCAGUGAGGAAUAUUCGACCCUGGACGAGUUUUCCAAUGUUACCACACCAAUGGCCUCGAGACCUCAGUCGCAAAAGGAUUACUUUCCACCUACGAGUUCACUUGGCCCCAGACCUGCCAACGUCUUUGCCAAUGGACCCGGAAGUUCCACAACCUCUCUUCCACAUAAAACUCAGAAGCCUACUAUGAUGUCAGGUGCGAUUAUGGACGACAGUGCGCCGUACCAUAGCCAAGACAACUUUAGCAGAACUGCAAUGCCAAUGGGGUAUGUUGAUGAUGAGGAGCGGACGCAAACACCAACAGGACUUCGAUCACUCACGCGAUCUACUGAUGCACCAAAUCUGGCUAAUGGAAUUGAAAAGCCAAAAGAGAGCAAAUCAGCAAGUGCCUUGCAACGGCAAUUGAGUCUCAAUCGAUCCGCAUCCACUCCAGAGUUGCAAGAUCUGAGUUUCCUUCCGCCACUCAAACACCAAGCACUUACUAAACCUGCGCCAAAGAAGGCAAAAGGUGGUCUUUUGAAGAGUCUGAAGGGUAAAGAGUCAGCUUCGCCUCGCGAUCCAGUAACCCGAGAGCUUAUCAAACCAGCCCCAAUUUCAACCGGCCCUCAGAAAGCUGGUCAAGGCCCUCUGGAAUCUCCUUCGGGUAACUAUCUUCAAAACGCACGUCUGAGUCUUCCACCACGUCUACAAGGCUCUCCUAGAAGCCCUCGUUUCCCUGGAUCGCCAUCAAGUCAGCUUGGUCAUCCAAAUGCGAUGCCAGAGCAGAUGGCAAAGAUGUUUGUAGUUUGCUGUUCUUGCAAAUACUUCCAUGAUAUGCCUAGCAAGAUUUACGAAUGCAUGGCCAAACCCGAUAACGUUGUCGAGGACAAACACUUGGGUGUCAGUGGAGUCAUUAGUACCAGCGUCAAAUGUCCUUGGUGCGGACAUGGUAUGAGCACCACCUGUUGCGCGGGAUAUGCUGCUGUUGUAUAUUUAAGAGAGAAGCUACAUUAAACAUGUGGCCAUGAUUUGAUUUGGACUUGCGAUUUGGCGGACGUUUUCGUAUCUUUUCCUGGGCUAGAAUAAUACUCAUAUAUGGGCGUUUGUAUCUUGACGUUUUACAGCGGCAGGCAUGCAUUUUGAGCAUUCAAGAGAUAUGUUUUUUGGGAUGUUUUGGUAAUUGAUUUCAUGGUAUAAUGAUGGCUGAGCGGUAACAUGUGGG